AACCCAGCUUUUCUUAACAAAUGUAAAAUAUAAUAUCUUUAUGUACCCAAAAAAAAAAACUCUCUCUCUCUCUCGCUUUCUCAUUUUUCUGUCAUGUAAUCGGAUGAUUGUAAAUUGGAACGGAAGGAAAAAAUAAAAAAUCAUUUCGUUUCUGCGAUUUUGUUUGAAUUAAUAGCUAAAAGGAAAAACAAACAAAAUUCUAUUGCAAUAGGAAAUUGCUGUAAAUCAUCAAACUUUGGAAGCAGAAUUAGGGUUUCUAUUUUUGUUGCUCUGUUUCUCUAUCCAUUGUAUUUCGCUAAUGGAAGCUGAUGUAUCCAUUUCCUUCUCAAACCCCAACAGAAACAUAUCUCUUUCUUUCGACUGAGAUUUAGGAUUAUUUUUGGAUUUAAAAAAAAUAAUUUUUGGAUGAAGAUGAAUGGUGUUGUGGUAUUAUUGUUAUGGUUUCUCUGUUUACUGGGUGUUUGUUGGAUGACAUCAGCUAGUGUGGUGCUGAUUGGGAACAACACUACUCUCUCUUUCGACGAUGUUGAGGCUAAUUUCGCUCCGGCAAUUGAAGGGACAGGAAAAUGUGGGAUAUUAUAUUUGGCAAAUCCUCUUGAUGCCUGUUCGGAUUUGAGUAAUAAAGUUGAAAAAGGUUCCAAUAUUACUUCCCCCUUUGCGCUGGUUAUUAGAGGAGGGUGCAGUUUUGAUGAUAAAGUAAGGAGAGUGCAAAAGGCAGGAUUUGAAGCCGCUAUCGUCUAUGACAAUGAUGAUGGUUUCUUGGUUGCAAUGGCAGGGAAUGCUGCUGGCAUAAAGAUACACGCUGUCUUUGUUUCCAAAGCUUCUGGUGAAAUACUCAAAAAGUAUACUGGGUCUCCUGAUAUCGAGCUAUGGCUAAGCCCAACUUUUGAAAACUCAGCAUGGUCAAUCAUGGCCAUCUCCUUUAUUUCUCUACUUGCCAUGUCAGCUGUGCUCGCGACUUGUUUCUUUGUACGCAGAUAUCACGUUAGGCGUGAACGUUCUCGAUCUUCUCGAGUUCGUGAAUUUCAUGGAAUGAGUAGGCGUUUAGUAAAAGCAAUGCCUAGCUUGAUAUUCACUGCUGUCUUAGAUGAUAAUUCUACUUCAAGAACGUGUGCAGUAUGUCUUGAAGAUUAUACCAUUGGAGAGAAGCUCAGGAUUCUUCCAUGUCAUCACAAGUUUCAUGCCUUCUGCAUUGAUUCUUGGCUUACAACAUGGAGAACAUUUUGCCCUGUUUGCAAGCGAGAUGCAAGAACCACCGUAGGUGAUUUACCAGCUUCAGAAAGUACACCAUUGCUUUCAACCAGCCCAAGCUCAGUGUCCUCUGUGCUAUCAUGUGCUAGAUCUCGGAUAGCAUCAUCAUCAUCCAUACAAAUUGACACAGCGGCAUGGACAUCUCCACCGGCUUCUCACGCUCAUUCUCUUGCCAGUGUUCCAUCUAUUCAGCCAUCAGUUAGGUCCUACCGUCAUUCUCCUUCCAUGAGCUAUAGCCGAAGCUCAGUAGACCUCAGAAAUGUUUCUUCUCAUUUGGCUUCACCUGCCUCAUUGAAUUACCCAUCCAUUUCUCCACUUAAUGCAAGAUACAUGUCCCAAUAUUUUCCAAGCCCAAGCAACGCGUCACCAAGUUUAGUCCGAUCUUCCAGUCGCCAGCUGUAUCCAUUGCAUUGUAGCAAGUCAGCUGCUAGUUUUUCACCUUUUGCAUCUGCUCAAUCCCUUCCAGAAUGUUAAUGAGGUAAAGUAGUUAUGAGCUGCAUUUGGUAGAAUGGAAUGACCUACAGCAAAUUAUUAUUCAAUCCUUCGUGAUACGAUUGGUUGUGUUGUUAUUCAAUAUCCAGAUUUUAACUUGCUGAAUUUGUACAUUGUAACAUAAGAUUUAUGAAAUUGAUUUUUAUUUCCCCGAAUGAUAUUUUGCUUUACAUAAUUGAGGUACUCAAACUUGAGAUUUCGAGAAUGUGAGUGAUUUGAGAAGAGGAUUGUGAACAUUGUUUUAUCAGUCUUGUGAAUAUAGUUAUGUAUUACUUAA